AUGGUAGUAGCUAAGGCAACCAAGGCUUCGAAUGCUCUCAUUAGCAUUGCUAAGAAUACCUGGGGCAUAGGCUAUAAGGCAGCUAAACACAUCUAUCUUGGGGCAAUCGAGCCCAUUCUGCUCUAUGCGGCCCCCAUUUGGGCUGAUGCUACCCAGAAAGUGUACAUCCAGAAAAAACUAUCAAAAGCCCAAAGGGUAGCUGCCCUCAGGAUUUGCAGGGCCUACCGGACAGCCCCGACUUCUGCCCUUUUGGUGAUUGCCGGUCUAAUACCAGUUCACAUCAAGGCCAGGAUGAUGGCUAGGAACUGGAAAUUCAACAACCUGUUUCUUAACAAUAACCCACUAGAUAAUAUCAGGAAUAAUAACACACUUUUGGAGUUACCCAACGACCUUAAAAAUGACAUUUUAACCUUCGGGAUCGAACUCAAGGACCCCACUUCAAACACAAUGUAUGACUAUCCAUCUGCCAGCAAUAACAUCUCUACUUACAAUGAAACUAACGACAUAUCCAUCUUCACUGACGGAUCAAAAGACGACAACAAAGUUGGAGCGGCAUUUGUUCUCUAUGACCAUCAAACUGGGAAAACUCAUCGUUCAGCAUUUAAGCUUGGUCCCCAUUGUUCUGUUCCCCAAGCUGAAAUUCUGGCCAUUACAAAGGCUAUUGACCACGUCUUUGCUGAAUGGUUUCCUCAUAGCAAAUCUAUCACAAUAUACUCAGAUAGUAUUACUGCGAUUUACUCUAUCACCAAUCAAGGGAAACGGGGUGACAACGUCCUCCAUAUUCACCAGCUUCUCUCCAACAACAGUCACGGACAUAAUAUCCAAUUUAAGUGGGUGCGUGGGCAUUCUGGCGUUGUUGGCAAUGAGGCCGCUGACCGCCUUGCCAAGUCCGCCGCAGUCUCAACCUUGCCCUCCAGCUACAGCAAAAUUCCUCUCUCCAAAAUCAAGCACUGGAGCUAUCAAAUCGCCCUCCAUCAGUGGCAAGAAGAAUGGAACAACAGUGACACUGGAAGAUUAACAUUCGACUUUAUCCCUGACAUAGCUCGCCGACUGGAGUGGAAACACUUCACACCUAAGUUUGUCAUGACCCAACUCCUUACGGGUCAUGGCAACUUUCGCGCUUACUUAAAGCGCUUCAACCUCCGCAACGAGGACACCUGUGACUGUGACAAUAACUCAAUCCAAAACAGUAAACAUUAUCUGUUUGACUGUAGUCUCUUUGACGACAAAAGAAACAACCUUCUAGACAGCGUCCUCUAUGAAGGUUUUAACUGGCCUUGCCCACUUAAUGUUUUCAUCGAAAACAAGGUCAUCUACAGCAGACUCAAUGACUUCUUAUCAGCCACUGAAGCUCUCAACCCACCAAGGAAUCUACCUAACACCAAAGACGAGCAUGCAACUACGUGA